AUGGUGUCUUUUGACGUUGUCUCACUCUUCACGUCCAUACCACAGGCCCUUGUGAUCGAAACACUCAGCGACCUGCUACGUCAAAAUUACGACGGGGGCGAUGGCCAGCCCACAGCUCAGGAUCUCAUAGAACUCAUGGGGCACUGCCUCAAGGCAUUCUUUACCUUCGAAGGGACCACAUACGAGCAGAUCGAGGGCACUCCAAUGGGUUCACCAAUCUCCGGACUCAUUGCCGAGGCGGUUCUACAAAAACUCGAGAGACGACUAUUCGAGGAGUACAAACCCAAGUUUUGGGCACGCUACGUUGAUGACACCUUUGUAAUCAUCGACCAGGAUAAAGUCAACUACUAUGCGGAAUUACUGAACUCAAUCAUUCCCGAUCUAAAGUUCACGAGGGAAGAGGAAGUAGGGGGCAAUCUUCCAUUCUUGGAUGUUCUCGUCUGCCGCCAACCAAAUGGCGAACUAGCGACGUCGGUCUACAGAAAACCGACGAACAGGCCGCAAAUGCUCGGCUACAACAGCAACCACCGGCAACAACACAAACGAAGCUGUGUCCGCGCGCUGUACCGACGGGUGGAAAUUCAUUGCGACACGCCAGCCGCCAAACUGGACGAGAUAAAGCGCCUCGGAGAACUAUUCAGAGCUAAUGGCCAUGCGCGGGCAUUCAUUGAACGGAGCCGUAGGCAGCCAAAGAAGCGGAACGAAGAGCAUAGUCAGUCAAACUCGUGGUGGAGCAUUCCGUACAUUAAAGGGGUUUCCGAAGCCGUGGCUCGAUCACUCGCGCCUCUCGGAAUAGGUGUUGCCCACAGUCCUGACUCACCAAUCCGCCGACAAGUGAUGCGGCUAAAAGAUCUGAUCCCUAAGCAGGAGAUGUCGGCCGUUGUCUACCGACUUCAAUGCAGCUGCGGAAGGUGCAAUUACGUUGGGGAAACCGGCCGACGGCUACAAACGCGAACGCACGAGCAUAAGUUGGCUGUGCGAAAGUUGGACCCAAAGUCGGAGGUAGCAACCCGUGCCGCGCAAAUGGGAUACAUCUUCAACUUUGACGCCGUUGGGAUUGUGGGCCGGGGCGGCGAUCACACAGCAAGGCAAGUGCGAGAAGCCCGGAUGUCCACCGACCGCUCUGUCAACCGCCACAUCAAUUUGCCUCUCCCCUAUCUGACUUUACGAAACCUCUUUGCGGGGGACAGUCACGGCGCGGGACAAUCGGGGCCGUCAGUCAUCUCCGCGGCCGACGGGGGCGAUUCAGGUCACGGUGACAUGCGGGUUGGAUGCAGCCACACAGGCGGCAUUGGCGGAUCACGCACUGGACAAAGGGCGCAAUUAUAA